CCCGCAGGCAUGGCGGGCGUCUCCUUCGAGGAGUUCUCGGCGCCGCCGGGCGCGGAGCUGGCGCUGGAGCCGCUCUUCGGGGGGAACAUUCUGGAAAGUGAAGGCGAGCCCGAGGCGGGGCCCGAGGGGGGCGGGGCUGCCCCGCCCCUCCCCCCCACGCCCCGUCCCCCGCGCGGGGGACGCGGCCAGGAGCGGGGGGGGGAGGGGCGGGGGGGCGAGGACUCCCCGGAGCGGCGCCGGCGCCGGAUGAAGCUGCAGGCGCUGGGCCGGCGCUGCCGCGAGAUCCGGCAGGUAAGGGCCGGGACACGCCCGCCAAGAUGGCGGCGGGGUGGGCAACAUGGCGGUCGCGCCCGCAAAAUGGCGGAGACACGCACAACAUGGCGGCCACGGCCACAAAAUGGCGGAGACACGCACAACAUGGCGGCCACGGCCACAAAAUGGUGGAGACACGCACAACAUGGCUCCCGCGGCCACAAAAUGGCGGAGACACGCACAACAUGGCGGCCACACCCGCAAAAUGGCGGAGACGCGCACAAGAUGGCGACCGCGGCCAUAAAAUGGUGGGUGCGCAACAUGGUGGCCAUGACCACCAAGAUGGCGGCCGGGACCAGACAAUGGCAGGCACACAAGAUGGUGGCCACACCCGCCAAGAUGGCGGGGAGGGGGUGGGCAACAUGGCGUCCAUGGCCACAAAAUGGCAGAGACAUGCACAACAUGGCGGCCACGGCCAUAAAAUGCCGGGUGUGCAACAUGGUGGCCAUGACCACCAAGAUGGUGGCGGGGCGGGCAACAUGGCGGCCACGGCCACAAAAUGGCGGAGACACGCACAACAUGGCGGCCGCGGCCACAAAAUGGCGGAGACACGCACAACAUGGCGGCCACACUCGCAAAAUGGCGGAGACACGCACAACAUGGCGACCGCGGCCAUAA